CUAAACCAAACACCAAACAUAGUCUGUUGAUCGUCGCUUAAACAUCAAAUCAUCAUGAAAUUCGUGAUCAUUGCCGUCGCCUUCCUGGCCUGCGCUUUUGCCGAUGUCUCCGAAUUAGCCGAUCCAGGCUAUGAUUACCCUCAGCCUGCUCUGCCCGCCCCCGCUCCUGUUGAAUCCUACAUUCCCCCAGCUCCACCAGCACCUCCUGCACUCCCAGCUCUCCCAGCCCUGCCUGUGCCAUCCGCACCCAGGAACGAAUACAUUCCUCCCGCACCCGUUGCUGCCCCAGUUGAUGCCUACAUUCCACCCGCCGCCGAGGAGCCAAUCAUCGAGGAGAUCGAGCAGCCUGCUCAGGAUGGUUACCGCUACAAGACUGUGCGUCGUCGUGUCUUCCGUCACCGCAACUAA